AUGAAAUCUCUUUCUCUGAUCCUCAUAGCAUCCCUUGUUGGGCUUUCCAAGCUCUCUCUUGCUGAAGAGAUAGAGGCACUCCAUGCAGCUCGGUUGGCACGCUACGAGAGCGGCGAGGUGCAUCAAGGUCUGCGAUCCGCAAAAGAGGCAAACUGGGCGGCACGACAUGCCGCCGGCCUCGAUGACCCGACACUCUACACAUCCUUCGCACGCGCUGCCGCACCAGUCCCAUGCAUCGAUGGUGUCGCAGCAGUGGUUCCAGGAUCCGCCAACGACACCUUUCGUUGCAGCAACAUCGACUUUUACGAUUUUGUCAGUCACGCGGACCUCGGGUCGGCACUAGGCCGAGGAGCAUCUUCUUGGGGUUGGACAAGUGACGAUGGACGAGAGUUUGUAGCCAUCGCUCAGUCAGAUGGCGCUGCCUUUGCCGAACUCACCAGCCAGGGCAGAUUGCAGUAUUUAGGCAGACUGCCGCAGACUCCAGGGUCGGAACCUCAGAUUUGGAGGGAGAUGAAAGGGUACAAGCACUACCUUGUGAUUGGCAGCGAGGCGGUCGACCAUGGUGUGCAGAUCUUUGACUUUAAGAAGCUUAUUGAUCUUGAGCCAAACAACACCAAGGUCUUUGGGCAGUCAGACUUGACCUCACAUUGGAACGAGCUUCCCAUAGGUCGCUCACACAACGUUGUCGUCAACGAGGAAAAGGAAUAUGCAGUGGCAGUUGGGGCUGUGCCUCGCAACGACUCUUGCGCGUCGGGCCUCAUAUUCAUUGACCUAACGGACCCGUCACAGCCUUUCUCACCAGGAUGCGCUGGCGGAGAUGGCUAUGUGCACGACGCACAAUGCCUUGUAUACCGCGGUCCGGAUGAGAAGUACAACGGCCGAGAUAUCUGCUAUGGUUACAAUGAAGAUACCCUGACUAUUUAUGAUGUCAGCGAUAAAAAUGCGACCAACAUAAUCUCACGCACCUCCUAUGAAGGUGCAAGCUAUACCCACCAAGGAUGGGUAACCAACACGACGUGGCAGGAAUAUCUGGUUUUGGAUGAUGAGCUAGAUGAGGAAAACCAGACGGGCCCAACUUCGCAGCGCAAAGCCGUGACAUAUUUCUGGGACAUCAAAUCGCUUGAACGACCUAGGCAAACUGGAUUAUUCCGCAGCAACGUCACUUCGAUUGAUCACAACCAAUUUGUCGUUGGCAAAUAUGCAUUCCAAAGCAAUUACGGAGCUGGGUUGCGCGUUCUCGACAUUUCGAGCCUGCCACACGACCCGACUGGGGAGGCGGUCAGAGAGGUGGCUUACUUUGACAUAUUUCCCGAGGAUGAUGAGCUUGAAGGUGGAGGGGAUGUUGCCUUCACUGGAACGUGGAGCAGCUAUCCCUUUUUCAAAAGCGGGUUUAUCGUUAUCAACACAAUAGAGAGGGGGGCUUUUGUGUAUUUUCUCUUUACGCUAAUGGCAAUCGCCGGCUGCUUCGCUUCUGGCGUCCAAGCCAAAGCAGUUUUUGCGCAUUUUAUGGUGGGAAACGUUGGGUCUUAUGCAGUAUCCGACUGGCAAGAGGAUAUCCGCCUAGCAAUCGAAUCAGGUAUCGACGGCUUCGCUCUAAACAUCGCCUCUCAGGAUGCAUCAAUUUCGCCGUCUAUCCACAAUGCAUUUCAGGCCGCCGCGACCACCGCCGAUAAGUUUAAGCUGUUUUUCUCAUUCGACUACGAAGCCCAAGGUCCUUGGAGCAAAGAUGCCGUCGUCCACCUUGUAAACAAGUACAAGGCCAACCCGGCAUACCAAAAGCACCUCGACACGGGCAAGCCGCUCGUCUCCACCUUUGAAGGCGCCAAGCAGAGCGGCGACUGGAAAGACAUCAAGGCGCAGACGGGCGCAUUCUUCGUUCCAGACUGGAGCUCACUCGGCGCCCCGGCCGCGGUGGCCACGGGGGUAGUGGAUGGUCUCUUCAGCUGGGAGGCCUGGCCCAAGAGCGCGGUGGCAAUGACCACGGCGCCCGACGAUGCCUACCGUGCGGCUCUGGGCAAGGACAAGGUUUACAUGAUGCCCGUGUCGCCGUGGUUCUAUACCAACCUCCCCGGCUGGGGCAAGAACUGGGUCUGGCGCGGCGACGAGCUGUGGCACGACCGCUGGGAGCAGGUCCUGGCCGUGCAGCCCGACUACGUGCAGAUCAUCACGUGGAACGACUACGGCGAGAGCCACUACAUCGGCCCCGUCAACGACAAGUGCCUCGGCCUGUUCGACGCAGGCAAGGCCCCGCUCAACUACGUCAAGGGCAUGCCGCACGACGGCUGGCGCGCGUUCCUCCCGUGGGUCAUCCAGGCCUACAAGACCGGCACGCGGCCUGCGGUGACGGCCGAGGGCGAGAAGCUGGUCGUGUGGUACAAGAAGAACCCCUCGACCGGUGGUGGUGAUAGCGGCACCACAGGGAACCACAGAGGCCACGGGCAGGUCGAGGUCAAGCCCGUGGAGGUGCUGCAGGACAGGGUCUUCUUCUCGGCGCUGCUGAGCGGGCCGGCAAACGUCACGGUGACCAUCGGCGGCAAGGAUGGCAGGUCUUCGUGGGAAGAUAGGCCGCAAGGCGGAGCGGGAAUCUAUCACGGGAGUGUGCCGUUUGACGGGCGGGAGGGGGAGGUGGUUGUCAGCGUCACGAGGGAAGGCAAAGUGGUCAAGCAGGUUAAGGGGAUUGCCAUCACGUCAAAAUGUGAGAGAAGCCUGGUGAAUUGGAACGCCUGGGUUGGAUCUUCUUAGGUCCUUGUAUGAUA